AUGCAUGCUCUUGCCCUGUUCACCGCUGCACUCGUAUCGUUCGCUAGCGCUCAAGCUCUUUUCGAGGAGGAAGACCUCCAGUCGUCCGACACCAUCAGCCGGGACUGCGAACCAGAGGAAGUAUGCGUAGCCAAUUGUAGCAACGGCAAGGUAUGCGUGUACGCAGAUAUCCCAGGACUGUACGAAGGCAAGGCCUGUUGCAACGGUGACUGCGAUCCUGCUCCGAACGACGGCAAGCCUUGUCCCGAUAAUGGAGGGGAAGGAGGCGGCGGCGGUGGUGGUGGUGGUGGUGGUGGUGGUGGUGGUGAUGAUGGCGACUCUUAUUCACCAUGCGACGAAUCUUACUGUUAUGGUAAUCCUAACGGAUCCCAAUGCUGUAUCAAAGAUGAACCUCAGGACAUCAGUAUCAUCGUCGUCAUUGGCAAUCAACCUAAGCCAUUCUGCUGCGACCCAGACACGGACGAUGUUUGCUGUUAG